AUGAAUUCUGUCUCAUCUCAGCCAACACCUCUCAUCCCGAACCAUAGUGAGGACGUCUCCAAACAUCUUUCCCCCUCAAACCCCAUUUCCACCACAGAGUCCGACACCAAUUUUGUCAAUAUUCUAGACUUGGCUGUCAACCAAGCGAAAAAGUACCAAACCAGAGGCAGUAUCUUCUCUUUUAAUAUUCAUGCGGCCGACGCCUACCUCUUCCCUCUGACGCACUUCAUCUCCUUCAUCGCCUUAAUCUUUACCUUCCCUUUGAGUAUCAUUCUGAAGCGCAAAUCCGCAUUCGAGCAGAUCUUGAGAGAAGCCGAGAUGGCUCACAAAGGCCUCUACGACUCGCCGAAGCGAUGCUUCUUCCCGUCGACUGAUAAACAGCACCUCCUCCGCCUUUUCAACGUCGCGGGCUACACACAUAAGCGAGAUCCCAGCAAAGUCACUGAAGACUCUAAAACGAGCCUCCGCGAACUCGACUACAUCCUUUGGCAAGAAGGCCUCCCCUCAUACCUCGAUCGCACCCAACGUUACGACUGCAUGUCCGGCGACCCCGUCGAUCGGCUUUUCGCGGCCCUCCCUGGCGUCGCCGAGGACGACUGGGGCUUCAAAGAGCCCAGCACAGCAAGCACCCACGACCGCCGCGUUGUCCUCGCACUCUGGCCCUACGCCAACUCCUCCCUAGAGGGCAUACUCGCCAACACACAAGACCGGAAUGCCCACGACUAUUGGUGGGCCACCCGCUUUGCCUUCUCACUCUGGGAGCGCUCCGAUCUUUCUAUCCGCUGCGCUUUCACCCAGCUCCUCGGCCAGCUCGCUGUUGCCCGCGUCGCCCCCAUAGAUAAUGACUUCAUUGACGUCGUCCCAGGCCACGACUGCUGCGAAGAAGGAAAGCCUUGCCCGGGUGAGGCAUACAUCAAUCGGAAUGACUGGCUCAAGUACGCUCGGUGGAUUCACCGCGGCAGACGGGAUUCAGACGCCGACAUCAAGAACCGGCAAGACCAGAAGUGCGCCAGCGAGAUGAGCGAUGCUCUCCACACCAACAAAUGCGUCAAGUGCGGCAUCGAGCGCGGCGAAACCAGCGCCCCUCCCAAGCAGCGCAUGUUUUAUUGCUCUGGUUGCUACGUCAGCUGGUACCCUUAUCUCCGCCGCAUGUACUGCUCGAAGAAAUGCCAGAGAGAAGACUGGCCCAAGCACUUCCCUGACUGCCAGCGCCGCAAACACUUCCUCCGCGCUGUUUUCAUCUUGAAGGGCAUAGCGUCCAAGUUCAUGGCGUCUACGUACUCGGGCUCUGCCGUCGACUGCGUGGGCGUUGAGCUCCGUGGAGGGGGCUCAAAGCGGGACAAGGUCGACCGCAGUGGGGUGCCGCGUACUGCCGUAUCUCCUGGAGCGUAUGCUGUCGGCCACUGGGUUGGACACCAGGUCUUCCCUCUCGGCCAGUCGUUUCUAUCGCACAAGCCGACUGCCGAUGUUCGCAAGGUAUUGGCUUGGGAUGCUGGUAACAACAUCUACUAUCAUCUUCAGCCCAUCAUUGAGCAGGUCAUUGGCCCCCAUUGCGACAUGAUCGUCGAAACGGAAGUCUUCAUCCGCAAUGCGAAGAGCAUCUCGACCCUUGCGAGUGACACCUGCCGUGAGGGACUCCAGAUCCAGAUUGCAAAGGGAAAGGAUCCCAUGUUCUGGCCUCAUCCGGUUCUCAACUGCCGGCUUAAAGGCUCCGACCCCGAUGACAUCUACAUCGUCGACCUCCUCGGCGACAAAUUCGGGUUUACAGAUAUUGUCCUGCCUUUCACCGCGUUUAUCAAAUCAAGGCACGCCAGCUGCGUCUCAUCGACGGUCAUGAAAGACAUGGCACCUCACUGGUACCCACCUAGCCAGAGAGGCCUCGUCACCUGCCGCGAUACGGUGUCGUUUACCUGGGCAGAGUGCAUCAAGACGUACUUUGCCAAGUAUUACCCGAACCUCAAAGGCCCGUGGCAGGUGGCUCGUCUCAAGGAAGACAAGUGGAACGAGAAAGCCCGUGAUAUCAUGACCAUUUCGGACGUCAUCUUCAAGGACAUUACCGACCGCAUCCGCCGGCAGGACAUCUACCACCAGUACCUCGUUCAUGACCCGAACCCGUACUCUCACGAGUUCUCCAUUGGCGUAACCAACACUCAGGACGAGUGCGACCUCUACAAGAACAUCUGGAUGGACCGCCGCACCUACGACAUCAUCAUCAAGGACGACCUCGUCGAGCAGCACAAGAAACUCCCCCCAGGCUCUGAAGCGCUCCGCCUUACGGCCCUCUGGAUCGACCGCCUCACCAAACAUGGCCAGCGGACCCCCUUCGACUCAAUCAAGCUCCUCGGCCGGCGCGUAGCGAAGCACUUCUGCAUCUGCACAUCACACUCGGCGGACGAGUACCGUGAAAUGGAAACGGCGUGGCUCAUGUACAGCGGCAUUCCCGCGGCGGACAUUGAGGUGUUCUACAAACAGUGCGAACGGAUGUUUGGUGACCUGAUGAAAGCGGGCCCCAUCUCACCCGACAUGUUUCGCAAUCUGAUGGUGCCUGAGGGCGCGUUCGAGUGCAUGAAGCACAUGUCGCUUGAGGAGGCCAAGAUCUUCAUGGCGAUCGGAGCAUACAUAACCACGCCCAACGCCAGCGAGUUCAUGUCGAGAAUUCAGGCUCAAGUCACGAAGAUUUUAAAUUCGAAGGAGUGA